CGGCGCGCGUCCGGCGCUCCCCGGGCAGCCGUGCUCGUAGCUCGCUGUCCGCAGCUUCGCGUCUCCGUGGCUGUCACCGCCCUCGGCGCGUCCCCGCCGCUCCGAUCCCUUCGCCCGCCCGGGGCACGCUCCGUCGCUCCGGGCAGAGUCCCCGCUGCGGCCCGUGGCCAUGGCCACCAAGAUCGACAAAGAGGCUUGCCGGGCGGCGUACAACCUGGUGCGCGACGACGGCUCGGCAGUCAUCUGGGUGACUUUUAAAUAUGACGGCUCCACCAUCGUCCCCGGCGAGCAGGGCGCGGACUAUCAGGACUUCAUCCAAGAGUGCACAGAUGAGGUCCGGUUGUUUGCCUUCGUGCGCUUCACCACCGGGGACGCCAUGAGCAAGAGGUCCAAGUUUGCCCUCAUCACGUGGAUCGGCGAGAACGUCAGCGGGCUGCAGCGGGCCAAAACCGGCACGGACAAGACCCUGGUGAAGGAGGUGGUGCAGAAUUUUGCUAAAGAGUUUGUGAUCAGUGAUCGGAAGGAGCUGGAGGAGGAUUUCAUCAAGAGGGAGCUUAAGAAGGCUGGGGGAGCCGAUUACGACGCUCAGGCCGAGUAGCCCUGCCCUCCCCUGCCCCUUACCAGAGUCACCUGCCGGCUCCCUGGGGGCGGCGCCCGCGGCCUCAGCCUCCAGCCCUCCAGCCCGCCAGGGAGAGGACCCGCGACGAGAGGCGACGCCCGCCACCCUGAGUGCAGCCCACCCCGCCCCGCUUCCCCUUCGCCCCGCUAGGUCCUACCUUGCAGAGCUCAUGGAGCAUCUCCUUCUGUCUUCUUUUUCCUUUUCCUCCCUCUUUCUUGUUCUGAAGAAAAAUCAUUUUGAUGCCAAGGUCAUGCACAUCUUCAGAUCUGAGGUGCCUCAUGCGGUGACGCCUGUUCCUGGCACUCCUCUUACCAGGGCACAGCUGCCUGGCCCUAUCCACCAUGAUCUCCUAUUGCUCAGGGGCCAGGCCGCCACUGGGGAACCCCACAAGCGCUCACAGCUGCCCUCAGGCCCAGACCCCCCACAGACCCCUCACCGCCCAUCCAGAGCUGCCGACGCUGCAUGUCCAACAGAGACUGUGCUCGGUGGAGUUUAGGCCUGACUCAGACUGGAUGAGAAGGGAGAAAAUUUGCCUUAAAAGAUGCCUGGCAGUAGCUUUGCCUUGCAAUCUGAGAUGGCCGGUUCCCACCCUUUGGGGAGAAAUCUCAUGGCAUGGAGUUGGGGUGAGAGUAUGAGGCCAGGCUGACCGGGAAGAGUCUUGCAGGGUAACUUCAGGGGCUCCCAGAGCCACACGGGCGCCGGGGAGAGAGGCUCGGUGCGGAGCCCCUGCCCCUGGGGGGGCCCUCUGCUGACAGCAGGGACAGCCCAGGCCCUCGGCUCUGCCGCCUUGGCUGCUGCAGAGUAGAGUCUCCUUCACAGACCCAAGUCUGCUUUUCAUCUUAGGUCUGUACCACACAUUCAAAAGGAUUUUUUUUUUUUCAAAGAGAGAUGAGAUAGGCUUGGUUCUUCAUGAGCACAUUUAUAUUCUUCUUUUUAUUCUUGCCCAUUUCAUCUGGGGGAGGACAUCUGUGCUGUUCUGGGUUGUGAGGGACCUCUGCACUCAACAGUUUACAGAAAUAAAUGGUUUUUGUUUUUCAGAAAACAA